UCUCCAACAACAACACACUGAGCGACAGAGUGAUUGCAGGCAGGCGAGCAGCGAGCAGAAAGAGAAAGGCGAACGGACGAAGGAGAAGACAAAGGAGAAGCAGAGGCAGCGCUCGCUCUGCUCCGGAUUAACCCUUUCUCCUCACUGAAUGUUGCUUUUUGUAGAUUUCUCUCUUACACGUCUUCCAUCAUCCCUUUGCUCAGCCGUGGUACACUGUCUCUCUCUCUCACACACACACACACACACGCACACACACAUUUUUACCAGUGGAUCAACUGCUGGUGUGUGUGAACAGAGUCCUGGAAGAAUGAUCACGGAUGGAUGGAGGCAGAAGGGAGGAGUGUGUCUGCUUUUCCCAUGGAGAUUGUGUCGUUCUCUCUCCUCCUUCUGCUGGCUGAGCAGCCUCUCUCCUCUCGCUUUCUUUUGUAUCAGCGCCCCCUCCCUCACUCCCUCUUUUCUUGCUUCCCUCCCUUCGCCGCACAGGCUUUUGUCUAUCUGACAGGGAUCCAGGCUUGUCUUUUUACCGCUCUCCCUACCCGACCCCCCCUUUUGACCGCCUCAAAAAGUGCCCUCCCCUCAUUUCUCAUGCUUCUGCUAAAGCUUAGACCAAACGGGUCUGCCGUCAAGCAAAGGCACCAGGCUAGGCUAACCGCUAGCCACCGGAGUGGUGUAGACGCCUCAGCUUGUCCCUACUAAGUGUGUGUUUCUCGUGUCUGUGUGAGUGUAUGAAUUCAGACGUCACUGCAGAAGCAUUAGCUAACAGUUGACCAGUCACUCCAUCGUGGAUUUGGUGUCACCUGAGGAGGAAGGAGAAGUGUGUAUGCAGCGGGAGGUGACAGUGACAUGACCAUGAGAGAGUCUGUCCAACCCGGGACUGGAAUUCUUUAUUUCCCAACAUGGUGAUUAUUUGAUAUUCAUCCGUCGAUUUAUCACCACUAACGGUCCACAAUGGAAUUUACGUGAGGAGCUGGGAACCUGCAGCCUUGGGUCAACCAUUUGGCCCAAAUAUUCAGAAGUUUGCUUGUGGAAAAAACUAUUUUGACUCAGUCUUGUAUCUGUCUGCCACCCGGCGGGGUGAGGAUGAAGAAGACAAGCAGCCGCACGCUCAGGCGGGCAUGGCCCAGCUCUGAUCUGUUAGAGCGCCUGCUGCCACCGGCGGCUUCUGUAGAGCCUCACAGGAGCCGACGCUCGCGCAGUGAGAAGGACUACAGAAUCCACAAACACAGCAAGAGGAGCCGCUACCCUCCACAGUAUCUCUGUCAGAGUCCGCCGGCUUACGUACACCCAGGUGAUGUGUCACCCAUCAGUAUGUCCCCCAUCAGCCAAUCGCAAUUCAUCCCCUUGGGAGAAGUAUUGCUAUUGGCUAUCUCUGCUAUGAACUCCGCCCACAAGCCUGUCACUCAGGAGGCCCUAACUGAACACCUGCAGACAUGUUUUCCAGGUGUUCCCACACCAACGGAGGAGGUUCUGCACCACACGCUAAGCAUGCUGGUCCGUGAGCGGAAGAUCUACCCAACGCCCGACGGAUAUUUUAUCGUAACCCCUCAGACUUACUUCAUCACUCCGAGCCUAAUCCGAACCAGCUCCAAGUGGUACCACUUAGACGAGCGAUCCGCCGACCGACACCAACAGCAGCCACAUCAGAACCAACAGCAGCAUCAGCAGACGCAGUGCACCUCCCCUCUCUCCGGCACCAUCACCCCGUCCACCUCUGGAGCCACGCGAGAUCGAACGCACCAGAAGUCCAGCCAAAACCACAGCGGGGGAGGUGGAGGAGCUGUGGAUGCUUUUUUCAACAACGCUUACCGUGGAGACGACCCCCCUAGCCACCACACCACCCUGCAGCGUCGAUCUCCCAAAGACCACCGGGAGGCGUACUCGUCCCCGCACUCCCCGCAGACACCUCCUCAGCAAACAGGAGGCAACACAGAAAAGAGUCGCACCACCCUUGGGUUCCCCUUCAAGACGGACACGCUCACCAAACACCGAAGCGGGGGAGGAGGGGGAAGUGGAGGAGGGGGAGGGGGAGGAGGAGGAGGAACCGGAGAGGUAGAGAAACCAGCAAGUGGAGGAAGUGGUACAGGAAGUCGGAAAUUUGGUUUGAAGCUGUUUCGUCUGAGCUUUAAGAAGGACAAGACCAAGCAGCUGGCCACCUUCUCUGCACAGUUCCCCCCGGAGGAGUGGCCGCUCCGCGACGAGGAGGCGCCCAGCCAGCUGCCGCGCCAAGUAGAGAUGGAGAUCAUCCGCAGAAUCAACCCUGACCUCACGGUGGAGAACCUCGCCAGGCACACAGCGGUCAUGAAGCGCCUCGAAGAAGAGCGCGCUCAGAGGAGCAAAGCGUCAUCGGCCAAUCAGAGCUCCAGGAGUAGGAGAAGUGGGGGCAGACACAGGAAGCAGUCUCAGACCAAACUCAGCCGCUCGCACAGCAAGACGAGGGCGUCCCGCGGCGAGCCGAGCGACGGUUCCCACCUGGAGCUGGCCGAAAGGGACUACAGAGCCUACUCGUCCUCGCUGGCUCGGUCGCCGAGGGAACACGCCCUGGCCAUGGAGCGGCAACGGGCCCGCCUUCACCUGGCACACAGCAACCCCAACAUCCUCGACUCCUCCCACCUGCCCGUGACGCCGGAGUGGGACGUGUCCGGAGAGCUUGCCAAGCGGCGCACAGAAAUGCCUUUCCCCGAGCCAAGCCAUGGCCCCUCAGCCCACCACUCCAAAGUCCACCGCUCGCACUCCCACACCCAGGAGAGGAAGUCCAGGAACGAACGCAGUGACAAGGCGAAGGAACGCUCCAGAUCCAUGGACAAUUCUAAAGGACCACUCGGAGCCGGGUUGAUUGGACCGCCCGAUUAUUACGACGACCGGAGCCGUUACUACACCGACGACGGCACCCUGCGAGCCAAUCAGAGCUCUUCUCACUACCCUCGUGCCACCCCUCCCUCGGCUAAACUGCCUGUGGAUUCUCUGGGGUUGGAUGGUGGCAGGAGUUUAGAGAAGAGUAAGAGCAGGGACAGCCUGCCGGCAUACUCACCCAAACCACUGCUCCCCGCCAUCCCUCCCGAUGAUUACUUCCAAUGCGCCGGUUCCUCUGAGGCUGCUCUCACAGCGGUGAACUCACUGGGAACUCUAGGCAAAAGUAGCCAUGACGGAUUAAAACUAGGCAGCGCUGACAGGCAAACGGACAGACAUACACCCCAUCCUCUAGAAAACAAGGAGGACUUGUCGAAGUUGGGACCUAAGGGUGGCAGCCUGCCUCCGAUACCCCUCUCUAUCCCCGAACCCUCCCUUCCUAAUGGAAGACCUCCCCACAGUGCCUCCUCUGGUCAGGAGAAACGUAAGGAAAUCUUUAGUAAAGACACACUCUUCAAACCUCCUCCUAGCCUCCCUUUGCCCGGCUACAGCUCCCUGAGAAAACCCCCGGCCCACGCCUCCUCUACUAUGUCCUCGUCCUGCGAUGCACUUGAUUCCCAGGAGGCCUUUGAUGCUCCCAAACCUCUGGUGGCCACACCGUCUGCUCCCCCACAGGGGAUCGAACCCGCCACCAGUGCUGCAGAGGCCUCCUUUGACUACUACAACGUCUCAGAUGACGACGAACUCGACGAGGGGGGGACUAAGAGUCGAGAGGACGAAAAGGCCGGAGGAGGUGUUGCUGGAAUGGGAGGAGGUGGAGCAGGGACCAUGCAGUGGCUGUUGGAGAGAGAGAAGGAGAGGGAUCUACAGAGGAGGUUUGAAAGAACCCUCACCUUCCCUGGUGCUAAAGAGAACCUUCCAGAGCCCAGUCAGAACCAGCAGUCGGCCCACUCUGCUAGACUUGACAGUAUGGACUCCAGCUCCGUCACUGUUGACAGUGGAUUCAACUCACCACGAACACGGGAGAGCCUAGCGUCUAACACCUCUUCCAUAGUGGAGAGCAACCGUCGGCAGAACCUGGCGCUGAGCCCCGGCCACCUCGGCAUCACCACCGGCACCGCCACCCCCUUCUCCUUCCGCACCAUCCCAGAACCUGCCGGCACCCAACCGGAGAAACUCCAGAAGCCCAGCGCUUGCCUUGCGUCAAUCACCAGCGUCUAAGGGGCAGAACUAAAGGGCUGCUGUGGGUGGAGCGCCGAGAGCCACAACGGAGAGGGGCCAGACAAAUAAAAGUCCCACAUCCCCCCCCCAAGGACUGUUACAUCUUUAGACUGACCGAAUCAGUGGAGCUGCCACAGGCCCACUGUGGAACUAUAGCUAUUAACACACACAAACACACACACUGGCACAUACAGUACACUCGGACAGAUACAAACAGAGAAAUAUAGACCACCAGGAAACUGC